AUGAUGCUUAACCAAGAUCUGGCUUCGUCCAACGAGAGUUCCCCGCAAAUGAACCAAGCACAUGACAAUUCCGAUGGAAGAUCUGGACUCAGCUCGGAUUCUGAUGCCGAGGACGAACUCUUUGAUAAAGAUGCCAAUUCUACAGCCGUUGUUCCCAAUGGAUUAAAUGGAUUUGCAAAGAGUGAAGAGGAAACAAACAGGAAAGUGCCACUUGUAAAAUGUAAGAUUUUCAAUUGAAAUUUGAUGACUUUAGAUAAAAAUUACACCUGAUUCUCCCGGCUGAUGAUAACUUAACACAAUUUAGAUCUAUCAGAAGAAGAAAAGCCAUCUUCAAGUGACCCAGACGAUCAACGACCUUCCACUUCUCAAGAAGAACCACAAAGCCACAAAGACAGUGAAACAGAACCACACGUGCAAGAGGGUGAAAGUGAGGAAGACAAUGCUCAGGAACCGCCAUCAAAGCAACGAAAGUUAGAGCUCCAACAUGGAACUAGUACAAGUACACAGCGGGUAACCAGAAGUCGAACACGACAGACAACGAACAAUAAUAAUCCAAAUCCGGACCAACCUGCCGGACCAUCUUCAUGAUAAGAUAGAUUGUGUCUUACAAUGGGAGAUAACUCAUGUUCUCGAAAAGUAUUACGCUAAAUCUAUAACUAUUUUAUGGAAUCCACAGACAAGUUUGCCACAGCUUAAUACUUUUUUAAAUGAUUUACCUCCCAAAUUAUAUGCUAUAGUUGUGAUCAGCCUCGUAUUAUACUCAAAACGCCUUACAUUUAUAAUGUGUUUCUAAGUUAUUACACCAAUAAACGUCAUUUCUCAUUUAUUAACUUUGUAAGAAAUGCGUAUUUUCGUACAUUGUUUUCAGAGUAAAUGCAAUAUUGAGUUUUUCGAAAAAUAGUGGAUUUAUGGAUAAUCGAGGCCGCUAAUUACGAAAAUCAUGCUCGUUUUUUCUGAAUUUUACAUUCUUGUAUUACAGAGUAAUGCAAAAAAUGUAAAUUUUUUGUAAUUUUUAUUUUUUUUGACAUGAAAACAUUGAACUUCAAGUAAAUAAAGCAAGCAACCAAAGCUAGUCGAAAUAAAAUUUACCUAAUCCUCCAUCUGCAAAAUACGUGAUGAAUCGAAAAAUAAAAUCCCAAAAUUCAAAAAAUGUCUCCCCUCAAUUUUUCAUUUAUUGUUGCGAAUGGCCGAGAGACCGUCGCAGACGUAUCCAAUACUUGUUAUUCGUAAAUUUGAGUUUCUUUUCUUCAAAUUUAUCAGUACAGUAUCGGGCAAGAGACAUUUAGGCUACUGAUAAGCUCUUCGCCCGACUUUUUUGAGGGCUUUUUAUAAUUUAUCCAAUCUUUUCCCUUCUUCGCGGGCGACAAUUGGAAAAAAAGUUGAAUUAGCGAUUUUGUGGGUGUACCAAUGGUUGCUUGCCUUAUCCGUUGUAUAAAAGUUUGCAUUUCAAGUACGCUUUUUUUUCAAAACUCCAACCACCGAUUGGCAUUUCACGAUUGGUAUUCCUAACUUUGUCUAAUUUCUGGGCCUUUCUUCUUCCCGCUUCCGUGCCCUCCCAGUUUUUAGUGAACUUUUAUGUCAAAAUACCGUUUUCCGAGUUUUUUGCCCUGAACAUGCACUCUUAUGUUUGAUUGUCUCGUGUUUUCAGCGCAUCAAUCCGUCCGCUUGUUCUCGGUCAGAAGGCUUCCUAGAAGUUUUGAGCUCAGAACAAUUUCGUCUUUGGCCAAAACCAUCACUGUACGCACCGAUUUCUGAUCUCCAACCUCGAUCCAAACUCAAAAUGAUGUUUGCUUAUCAUCCGGGUGAGUUAAAUUCCUAAUUUAAUAUCCAAAAUUAAAGAUCUUAGAUGGGUUUAGGUGAAGAUGCCUUUAGUGAGCUCUCACAUCCUUAUUCAAACAUCAUUUUUGCGGAUUCUCCAAAAUUGAGAGACAGUUGACUCAUUUUCGGACGAACAACUUGACCCUAAAAUAAAUUCUUGUGAAAGCUUUCUUCUUGCUAGCCCGUGAUCAUCUACAGAAUUGCUUCAUCUGUUUAUCAGUUUUUCUAUACGAACGAUAGGGAUACCAAAGAGCGCCGGGUUUUGUAGUGUAAGUAAAUGUUUUUGGGGAAGAUCGAAGUGUAAUGGGAAGGAGAUGAAUGGGGUUUAUACCCUUUUAUUAUAAUAGCGACUCUUAAGAUUGUUAAAAUCUUUUCUUAGUUGUCUUAGAGAAAGUUAGGUGAUUCCGUACAAAUUUCAGUAAUAAAGCAGUAGUUUUAUUUCGUAAUUUUUCUGAUUGUGAGUCACCCGAAGAAGGACGAGCCCUAUGAAGGCCACAGAGGAUUCCACUACGAAUAUAUCGAAUAAAUCGAGUUUUUAUGAAAAGGGUUAAUUAAUGUUUGAAAGGAGAAUUAAGGUCGGGAAGAGACGUGAUAGUUUUACACUAAAAUAAUUUUAUUCAGCCUCCGAAAGCGUUUAUGGUAAGGUCGGAAAGUUCGGGGUUUUUAACCUCAUGGGCAUAUACCCGAAAUUUCGAGAAUAUUUGUAAAAUUAGCCUAAAUUGGCCUAAUAUAGUACCAAUAUGAAGUCGUUUGUAACGUAUUCAUUAACUUAGUAUGGCAAAAAUCCGAACUGCCCCGCAGCUUUACUUAUAGAAAAAAUCCAAUACCCCUACCGAACAUUAGUUAACAGUUGCCGACAUGUCGGCAACCGCUGAAAUCCCUGAUUUUUAGUGCGAAAUGUUUGAAAUUUUUUGAAGAGGACAAAGAGAUCGCUUUUCGUCUUCGAUCCUCUUUUUCAAGAGUUUUUUUUUGCGGGACUAAAGCCUAAGGAGAGAAAACAAGUGAAAGAGAUUCGCUUGUUUUAUUGUUUUUAAUAUGUUUUCCUGAUUUUUAAAGCUGGGUAUAACAAAUAGUUGAUACAUUACUGCUUUCAGUUAUGCAAAAGGGUGCCAACGGUGUGGAUUUUGUGCCGAAAGGAGUGUGGAUGAUUGAUCCUUCAACUUUGGCCGGAAUGGGCGGAAAAUUCCCAGCUGGCAACAUUUUCGGGUAUCUCCCGGCGGACUUGGCAGGCGCUGGCGUUCCACCUAUGCUUCCGUUCGGACAACCAAUUCAAAUGGGCUUCAUGCAGGAGGAGCCCACUCAAUUGAGAAAGCUAUUCAUCGGCGGACUUAACCAUGAAACAACCGAUGAUCAAGUAAGAAUAAUUCAUUUUACGUUGGUAACUCUGUAUAAAUCAAGUGUGCGGGAAAGUAAAAAACAUCCUUUUAAGCUCCGCGAUUACUAUUCACAAUGGGGUACGGUAGUGGACUGCAUUGUGAUCCGAGACCCGGUGACCAAACACUCUCGCGGCUUCGGCUUCGUGACUUAUUCGACGAUAAAGAUGGCCGAAUUAGCCAUGGCAGAACGGCCGCAUACCAUCAAUGGGAAAGUAGUCGACCCGAAACGGGCGAUACCUCGCGAACACAUGUUACCUCUCACUCCCAACAACCCCCCUCACUUCCUUGAAGCCGAACCCCCAGCAGGGUGCAAGAUUACUUUGACUGGUAGGUGUCUUUUGAGAUUAUGUUAUUCUGUUUUUAGGCAUUCAUUGGGAUUACCACACCGUUGAUGGCUUAAGGCAACAUUUCGAAAAGUUCGGUAAUGUUGAACAAGUCGAGAUUGUGGGGCAUCCAAGAGGGUUCGGAUUUGUUGUAUUCGAAGACAAAGUCUCUGCAGAUAAAUGUUUACAAUCUGGGAAGAGUCAUCUUGUCAAUGGGAGAAGGGUCGAAGUAAAGGUUAGACAAACGCUUUUAUUACAUUUUUAUUUGUUUAGGAAAACGUUGAAUCAAAUCCUCCUCCGCAACAACAACAUCGUCGUCAUAACAAAAAUUCGCCUGAUCGUCGGCGGGGAAACUUCAGCUCACGCCAACAUCAUAACAGUCAGUCGAGUCAAGCGACCAGUGUGGAUACCAAUGGCCCGGCUCUCUCCGAUAAAGACUUCCCCGACCUCAGAGGCAAUUGA